CAGGGUGCCUGCAAACCAGCGUGUAGUGGACUCUCACGUGCGGAGCCCUAUUGGUGUGGAACGAAAGCGCGCCAGCCACCCACGCACUCUUCGCGCUCUGGAUCUUGAUAGUUGCCUCGUUCUUCCUGCCACAAUCGCGGCGUUGCCCCUCUAUGGCGGGGCGUGGGAUUGCGAGAAUGAGACGGCUGCAGCAGAACCGUUUUCUGCUGCACUUCGUGAUGUCCGGCGCAUCGCGAGUCGUGUGGCAUGCCUUGGAUGUCUGACCCGAGGCUGUCCUCACCAACAGAUUCGCUACCGCUUCGCAGCCACUGCCAACGUGUGACCUCACAGCACUUGACGUCAAUAUAUAGUGAUAGUUCGGGGUGCGAAAGACCAAGUGUGUCUGCUGGGUGACAGUGGACUUGGCGCUCUGUCUGUCCUGCCAGCCUUUUGCUUUUCUUCUCCCUCUCCGCGUAUCCCCCUUCUCCCCUUCACCUCAUCGCCUGCUUGGUGUCCUCUUGGAGUGAUCUGAGUGGUGCCUUCUUGUGUGUCCUCUUGGAGUUCUUCAGAAUCCUCGGGGGGUAGGCUCCUUCGCGCCGUGGCCAGCGCGCGAUGCCUUGCUACUCACGGUGGCUGCUGAUGUUGGGCAUUCCCGCCGCGGCCAUCUGGGCCGCCCCGAGCCUCUGCGCCUGGGAGUGGCCGCGGCUGCCGCGGCCGCGGCUGCCGCUGCCGCGGCUGGGGGCCGGUGCCAGCGCGGCCGCUGCCGCGGCUGGCGGCGGCUCGGAGGAGAAGUGGCCAUGGCGCCCUUUUGGGGUCGAGGAGGUGGAUGCCAGGCAGCGCGACAGGAGUGGGUUGAACGUCAGGGUGAAGCAGGAAAUACUUGUGAACAACCGUGUGAAGCAAGACGAUGUCGCGGCCGGUAGGCCAGCCAGUCGUGGCGGCAGCGACGGAGCGGCCUUCCGUGUCGCCGUGGUCUUGGAGGAGCAGCUCUGUCGUGCUCCCCUCCGGCGCCGAGGUGGUGGACGCCACGCUGUGCGACGAGAGUGGGUUGAAGAUGAGUGUGAAGCAAGAGGUCCAGUAUCAGUGCGCAAGCGGCAACACAACUGUCUAUGCACUGAGGGAGCUCUAUGCCCCCCCCGAGUGGUUCAGGAUGAGGUCGCUCGAGAUUACCUACAAGCUGGCGUCUGCUCCAACCACCGCGCCUUCGCGCCAGAGACCUCCUGGGGUGACCGUGCUUGCGCAGAUUGGCAACACGAGCAUGGACAGAUGGGCAGAUCUGAAGCAUUGCAUGUCAAAGGUGUCGCUGGCUAUGAAGACCGAGGGGCAUGGCUUCUCUGUGUUCCUUGCCUUCCAGGAGAAUAUUACUUCAAAGGAAAUGAGAGGGUUCGAGUUGGAUGCCCGUCGCGCGUUCGGAAGUGCAGCUGUCAGGAGCAUCAGGGUGGAGAACCGGGGGGCCGACAUCGGACCCUACCUCCGCCAGCUGCAGGUCCUGAGCGGGCAUAGCCCACGGGCUGUGGAGGUUCUGAACGUGCCCCCGUUCGUGCGCUCGCAGCGUCUGAGGGGCCCCGAGGCCUUUGACACGUUCCUGAAGGUUCACACCAAGAGCAACGGCCGACAGAGACGCAGCUGGCUCAGAGACCUAUGCGGGGACGUAGAGAAAGUACGACACGUGUACAGUCAAUUUAAGAGGUCCAAGUCGCUGGGCAUGGUUGGCGCAUCAGCGCAGGUUUUACAGUAUCCUCAGAGAACCAACCUGUUUAAGGUCUGGGGUGGUAACGAUAUCGACGCAAUGAAGAGGACGUGGAAGAUGAUGCAGCCCUGCGUGCCUUUCGACAUCCCGAUGAGAGUGGCGCGCAUCAUUGCAGGAUCGUUCUAUUGGGCCCGCCCGGACGCUGUGAUGUACCAGAUCAUUUUGCAUUCUACGGAGAAGUUGAUCGAGUCGAUGCCGUCAGGGUACAAGACCUUGACGACGGCCCAAACGUCACACGCGCUCGAGCGAUUGAUGCCAACGAUGGCGAUUGCUGUGUGUGGGCUGGACGUGGUUUCUGUUGACGAGCUGGGCUCGAGCGGAUGAUGCCAAUGAUGGCAGCUGCCUGUUGCGGGCUGCACGUGGUCUCCGUGGGCGAGCUCGUGCCCCUGGACAGCCCUCACCGUCGGCUGCUGCCUCGCUGCGCUGGGGUGGCUUGUGUUGGCAGCAGCCAUGGCCGCCCUCUCGACGAGGACGCUGGCGGCGGCCGCGGACGAGAGCGUGCGCCAAGAGGCCCCAAAGAGGUCCCCAAGAGCAUCCCCGAAGGCCCCCAGAAGCCCCCAAGAGGCCCAACAAUGGCCGCGGGCCUCCGGCGGGAGGCACAGCGCCGCGCGCUCGCCACACCAUUUCGUCGUUGUUGGCGGCGUAAUUUGCACGCCCGCCUGGAGCGGCGCGACACCGGGGCGAUCCCGUGCGCGCGGCGUCGGCGGAGGCGUGGGGGGGCGCCCAGUCGGAGGCGUCCAUUCCGCGCGCAGUCUGUCAAUCUGAGCCAGCAGGGGGGGGGCGGGAACGGCCUCUGUUCUCAUAUUAAUUAUGUGCAGUGCCCGAUGGCAUUCCAUUGCUCCAGGCCUCCCAGAUGGGGUCGGAGUAGAGGGUUUCAUUCAGUGCAAAUGCACGGUGGUAUAUAAUUUCCUGUCAUGUUAGGCUGAGGGCCGCUUUUAGUCCAAGGUAUCCUCUUCUGAUGUCGCGCACAGCGCUCCACGAAGCCGCUUAUACGACUAAGAGCCCUGCUUAAAGCAUGCAGUCAGGGCUCCACGCGGUCUCUUGCCCAGUGCAACGCGCAGCACGAUCUGCGCUACGCUCACCAACCAACAUUUCGAAUAGUCCGUUUUUGUUUUGGUGUAGGCUUUGUGCAGUUUGUCAAAGCACAUCUGCCUUCACACCGCGGUGUCAUUGACUUUGUCGUCUUGUGUGGCUGAUCGUGCCGAAGCAUGUUGCCCGCCAGCGCAGCUGGAAGAAUCAGACAUGUCAGUUCCACGUUUACAUUCGACGUGACACCAACACGGCAAUGAAUGCCCCCAGAGUCCCCGCAAUUCUUCAAUUCUCUCCUUUCUUUUCGUGGCAUUGCGCCUCCGCUGCCCUCUCAUCAUCGCCAUUUGGUGUAAUGAGUUAGCGCGUAACUUUGCUGCGCGAGUUGUGAGGGCAGAGCGGCACGCACCCGCAAAUAGCAGGGGGCACGAUUCCCGCUCGCACUGCAGACAGUGUGCCGUGACGGCGGUCCGUGGCAGCCGACCCAGGGAGUGUAGGCUUGCAGAAGUGUGAGGCGACAGUGGGAUACACCCGCAUACAGCAGGGGGGCCCGUUGCCGUUCGCACCGCAGACAUUGUCUGCUGCGUGUUGCUCCAAUUCCAACCGAAAUCAUAGCACCUAAGACGUAUAUAUCCAUACAUCCCAUCUUCUGGAGUGAGCAAGUACCUUCAUCAACAUCCACAACUCCGCGUUUACAUCCUCAACGCGCGUUUGGCGCAGCUCGCGGUUGGCGCGCAUUUGGCGCGUCGACUGCUUCGCCGUCUGGUAACUGAUUUGCUCCCUGGUUGCCAGACAGUGCGGCAAAA